AUGUCCACCGUGUCGGGAACACCGGCGCAGUCUCAGACACGGCGUCACUCGUUCGCUCCCAACGCUGCGUCGAAUGGGCGGGAUUCGUUCGUACCUCCUGCCUACAACUCCGGGAGGAGUGGGCAUCGCUCUCGACGACGCCACUCUCAACAACCUUUGCCUGCCUACGCUCAAGCGACUGCAUUGGAGUAUCAGCGCCAUUUCAAUGCCAGUCAGGACCCCCAGGGCGGGCAGACGCAGGAGCACGAGUUUCACAUCACAUCGGACAGCGAGAACGAUGGUCGGCCGUGGGCGACGAUGAGGCUGUUCACUCGAUCUUCCACCGGGUCCUCCCAGAAGUCGCACUAUCCAAGAUACUUCGGAGGGGACGCAAUUGCGGGUACUGUGGAGCUGGACCUCGACAAGUCGCAAACCAUCAAUUCCAUUACGUUGACACUGAAGGGUCGGUUCAUGACGAGAUCGGUUGGACAGGGGAGCCAUACAUUUCUGAACCAAACGUUUACCGUUUGGAACAAGAAUGUAGGGGAGCCUCGUUCAGCUGUUCCGUCUUCCCUUGAUAUUGCCUCCAGCAAGAAGAACAAGUUCAAUGCCAAACUGCAAGGCAAAUACGAAUGGCCAUUUUCCUUCCCCUUUCCUACAGAAAUCUGUCUCCCGCUUAAGGGAGGAGAUAAGAAGCAGUUGAUUGUGCAGACCCCUCAAACCUUUCUGGAGCGAACGAUUAUUGCGAACAUUCAGUACGACCUUGUUAUGACCGUCACGCAUGGGCUUUUUCGCCCUAAUUCCAAGUUAGCUACGAUCAUUACCUACACACCUUCAGUGACACCCCCUCCGCCCUCCCUCCUUCGCCAACAAGCCUAUCAACACGGUGGAUUUCUCCUCCCUCCUUCAGAAGAUCCUCAAGGUUGGCAUACCUUCCCGUCCCAGCCUUUUUCUGCGCAAAUGAAUAGUCAGCACGUCGAUCUCCUCUACUCAUUAUCCUUGGCCACUCCACUUUCAUACACCCGCGGAACUGUCCUACCGUGCUUCCUCAAACUCCACAGCACUAUUCAUGCCCCGAUCAACCUAGCAUCGCUUCUCAUGGACUCUAGCAAUCCCUUCCUUUCACUAGUUCUUUACCGCAAGGUCGCACACCUGGAAGACAGCUUGCAAGCUCCGACUCGUUCCUCAUCCCCAUUUCCUGGUCAUACGUCGACGCAAACGGGAAUUAUAACCUCGCUACAGGCUGUUGGGACGGCUGUGUGGUGGCGACCUCCUUCUAACGCCGGUCGGGCAACUUCCGAAAACCAGGUCUGCUAUUUAGAAGGCGAAAUACAUCUGUCAGAAGACCUCCAGCCCACCACACAGGCGGGGUUCUUCUCUGUCGAGUAUUUUGUCACCCUUAUGGCGUCAACAUCACCGACCGACUCGGUUUCCUUACGUCGCUCGUCUGGUGGAUUCACAUCGCAAGGUCUACGUGCGGUAUCAGACCUUCUCUGCCCAGUGCAGAUCGCGACGUUUCACAUGACUGGACCUCUUCCUACCCCUUUUACACCUCCAAAGACUGGGAAAGAGCGCAAUCGUUCCAACCCAUCGUCCCAGCGCAAAGCCAAACUUGAUGUCGCCAGUGAAGCUGACGAAUCUGGGCUUUUCAGUCGCUACUAUGGGGGAUUCUAUUAUCCGACUGCCCGGUGA